AUGGAUGGCGAGGCCAGGACUAGGUCUUGUGGAAAGAAAACAUAUAACUACACUGUCUGUGGGGCGAAUUUUAUCGAUCAGCGACUUUCCGCCGGAUGGAUCAAUGCUGCAUAUCUUCUGGUCAUGGCAAUAAGCACAGAAGAACGCAACGCGGGACUGAAGGUACAUACAUUCUUGCCAUGGCCGACAUUGCUUUGUGCUAGAAAUGGGGGGGAGCUGGGUCAGGUCCGACACUUGGUUGAAGACGAAUGGAGCGAUCACCACGACGAUUAUAACCUCUCCACCUCCUCCGAAGAGGGCUAUGGUCAUGAUGAAACGGAUAGUGAGGCUAUGAUCAAGCAGAACUGGAGAGCUAUGAAGUUGACUGAGUCUACUGACACAUUACUUCAACAUGACCCGAAUAAUGUCGAUCAUACCGUUAUUAUCAAUGAUAUCGUAUCCGUCGACUCAUGCAAAACAUGCUUUACAAAUCAUACUCAUUCAUCGGCAAAGUUGCUGUUGGAUCAGCUUCUCUACGAUAUUGUGACUGGUACUUGGAGUCUUAUCGCAUCGGUCGCGUCCAUGAGAAUGCGUGUGGUGGUCUUCCAAAUUAAGCGAACAAUCCAUGAUUUAAGCGUUGGAAGGGAAAGGGUGUCGCGGAAGAAUAUAAGGGGUGAGGAAAUUGAGGAAGUUGAAGAUGAAGUGGUAGGAUAUUCCACACAAAUUGACGAGAGUCCUUAUGAAAUGGUAAAGAACCCCGAUGAACAUCCUCUGCUAGUGAAAGUACGAAAGGAGCAGAAUGAUAUCCAACGCCAAUAUGAUGAGGAAAUGGAUGUGGCAGUUAGGGGAAUUGUGGUGGUGGAUUCUCCUUCAGGGCAAGGGAAUUGCACAAGCCAGGGAACGAAGACUUGGUAG